GCCACUAUAACUUGUUUAGCUAUCAAAACCUUGGGACCCAGUCCCUGGACCCAUUAUGUGUCUCUUUAAUACUUUGUCUACCACCCACAGGAUGGGUAUGGUGCAUAAUAAAGGUAUAUUGAACUAACUCAAGCGGCACUACUAACUCGGGUGUGAAUGCUGUAUUGCCUCUUUAAGACCACUGUAAAAUUAUAGACUUAUGUACAGAAUCUAACUAAAAGUUUAAAAAAUUCUGCAAGAUGGCCAUAGAAACUCACAGAAAACAAGAUUUGAGACUGACAAAUUGAAAUGCAGAGUUAGUGUUAACUUGUGUGAGGGAGAGUUUCUACUGGCGGUGAGUGGCAGUGAUGGUGACAGGUGCCACCUGACGAACACUCAGCUGCUCAUCAGGUCGAAACUCUCAUAUUUUCCACCAACUCGGACAUUUUCAUGUAAAAUGUCUACUCCAGGGUCGUAUAGUAAUGAGCGGCCGCCAUCAGUAGACGUGGAUUACUCUGCAGAUCCUGCCUCAGGAAGUUUCUUCAGUACAGAGUUCAAGAAGCAUGAAGAUCUAAAACAGAUGCUUGAUAGCAAUAAGGAUGGCCUCAAGCUGGAGGCCAUGAAAAGGAUAAUUGGGAUGGUGGCAAAGGGAAGGGAUGCAUCUGAACUUUUCCCUGCUGUAGUAAAGAAUGUUGUUAGUGCUAACUUAGAGGUGAAGAAGCUGGUGUAUGUUUAUCUUGUGCGAUACGCUGAAGAACAACAAGAUCUCGCCUUGUUGUCCAUCUCCACGUUUCAAAGAGCUCUAAAAGAUCCCAAUCAACUGAUCCGGGCUUGUGCUUUACGAGUACUAUCGAGUAUUAGAGUUCCCGUCAUUGUGCCAAUAAUGAUGCUGGCUAUAAAAGAUGCAGUGACUGACAUGUCUCCAUAUGUACGGAAGACCGCUGCUCAUGCUAUACCUAAACUUUACAAUCUUGAUCAUGAUCAGAAAGAAGAAUUAAUAAAAGUAAUAGAAAAACUCCUGUCAGACAAGACUACAUUAGUAGUAGGAUCAGCUGUGAUGGCCUUCGAAGAGGUAUGCCCAGAACGGAUUGACUUGAUCCAUAAAAAUUACCGAAAAUUGUGCAACCUACUUGUAGAUGUUGAGGAAUGGGGACAAGUUAUCAUUCUCAACAUGUUGACCCGAUAUGCUCGUACCCAGUUUGUUGACCCUAAUGCUGGUCAGACUGAGGUUGAUGUCAAGGAGAAGCCAUUCUAUGAGGAUGAAGAAGAGGAGACAGAAGAUCAAGAAGUUCUUGCCAAAAGACCUAAGUCUAUGGAUCCUGACCAUCGACUCCUGCUUAGGAAUGCCAAGCCACUGCUUCAGAGUCGCAAUGCUGCGGUGGUGCUGGCAGUAGCUCAACUAUAUCAGCAUAUUGCACCAUGUUCAGAGGUGUCACAGGUUGCAAGGGCUUUGGUGAGACUGUUACGUUCUCACCGAGAGGUUCAGGCUGUUGUUCUCACAAACAUUGCUUCAAUGUCUACUCGGCGUAAGGUACUGACCAACUUAGCCACAGACACCAACAUAUCUAUCAUUCUCCGGGAGUUCCAGACUUACAUAGGGUCAUCAGAUAAAGAAUUUGUGGCUGCAACUAUUCAAGCUAUUGGAAGAUGUGCAUCAAACAUAAGAGAAGUAACAGACACUUGCCUGAGUGGUCUUGUCUCCCUCUUAUCAAAUAGAGAUGAAUCUGUAGUUGGUGAGAGUGUGGUAGUUAUCCGCAAGCUUCUGCAGAGUGAGACAGUGGGUCAUAAGGAUAUAAUCAGUCACAUGGCACGCCUGAUGGACAAUAUCAAGAUCCCUAUGGCAAGGGCCAGUAUUUUGUGGCUGCUUGGGGAGUAUUGUGAUAAAGUACCUAAGAUUGCCCCAGAUGUUCUUCGCAAAAUGGCCAAGACAUUUAUAUCUGAGGAGGACAUUGUGAAACUGCAGAUCUUGACUUUAGCAACCAAACUCUACUUAACAAACCCCAAGCAAACUCGUCUUCUCUGUCAGUACGUGUAUAACCUAGCAAAAUAUGACACCAACUACGACAUUCGAGAUCGUGCACGUCUCACAAGAGCCUUGGUGUUCCCACCACAAGGUCAUGAGGAUAACAAACUUGCAAAGCAUGCUAAGAAAAUAUUCCUAGCUAUAAAGCCACCCCCAGUACAGCAGUCUAGUUUUAAAGAUCGUGACCAGUUUCAACUUAGCACAUUGUCUCAUCUCAUUAAUGCACGAGCAACAGGAUAUCAAGAUUUGCCACCAUUUCCAGAAGAGGCUCCUGACCCCAGUGUGCGCUAUGUGGAAGUUGCAGUGUCAUUUACUCCUGAUAAUCACCACAGACCUUCACACCAAAAGAAGAGCAAACCUGAGAAGACAAAGUCAUUUUAUUCUGAUGAAAGCUCUCCUGAAGAUGAAAGUGAAAAUGAUGCAAGUGACAGCAGCAGUGAGAGUGACAGUGACAGUGAUAGCAGUGACACUGACAGCUCAGAGAGCAGCAGUGAUGAAGGUAAUGAAUCUGUAAGUGAGGAUGAGGAGCAACCAAGAGUCAAGAGGAAGGUGGUCACUGGUGGAAAAAAGCACCCAGAAAAACAGGAUGCAUCCGAGUCAUCUGGCAGUGAGGAUUCUGAAUCGUCAUCUUCCUCCUCAGGCAGUGAGUCGUCAAGUGAUGAUGAGUCUGAUGACUCUGAAGCCUCUGCUGAAGAUGUGAAAAAGAAGACCAAAAAGGAGCAGGAACCAAAGAAGGAAGUUCCUCAAGGAAAAGGCAAUCGUAGCAACUUGGAUCUUCUUUUAGAUUUGGAUGACACACCACCUGCCAUGGACACUCCUCUCCUUACUCCUUCACUGGGUGGACUUCUGACACCUUCACCAUCAUCAUAUCCUACUCAACCACUUCCUCCAGGUGCUUCUAUUCAGCCUGCUUCUGCCAAGCUUGUGCCCACUGCUACCCAUGAGUUGCUGAACAGGCUUAGCGGUGGGGGUUUGGCUGUAUCAUGUCGCUUCACACGCUCUCCGCAUCUCUAUUCGCCCCGUAUGACAUCAGUUGAACUUUCAUUCACCAACAACAGCAGUGAAGAAAUUCGUGACAUUAGUAUUGGCAGCAAGAAACUUGCUCCAGGAAUGUCACUCCAUGAGUUUGCUGGUAUUGCUGUCUUGAAUCCUGAUACUACACUGUAUGGAACACUUGGUGUGGACUUCAAUGAUACUACUCAACCAGCAGUUUUUGACCUGGUAGCAGGGGGGCGAACAUUUAAUAUUAGUAUCACAGCAUCAGUUGGAGAGCUGUUGAUGCCUUUGGCAAUGAAUGAGGCUGAUUUUAAUCUUAAUCAAAUCAAACUGCGAGGAAUGAAUGAACUGAGAGGUUCAGUGAAUCUCUUGAGCAGUAAUAAUGAUGUAAAAAAAUUAGUGAACCGGGUUUAUGAGACUGCCAACCUUCUCCAAGUUCAGUGUGCUAGUAGCAACACCUUAAAAUUUGGUGGGCAGACUGCUUCAGGGAAGGCAUUAGUGCUGGUGUGCUUGACUCUACCACAAGAUGAACAGGAAGUUUCUAUUACUGUUAACUGUGAGAAGAUGGUCAUAUCUUCAAUGUUGCUUAAAGAUAUUCAGUCUGCUCUGAAGAAAGAUUAACCAGUGGUACUUAUUUAUGGUUUUGUGGAGUACAUAAAUUUAAGAAACUCGUAAAAGUCUUUUUGGUCAUCUUCAAGCAUUAAAUUUGAAGAUUUGUUGUUGCUGUUUUUCAUUUGUUUGUUAUACAGUACAGUAUUAAUUUUGAAUGUCAUUCUUCACUGUGUCAUGAACCAACAUAAAAUAUUUAAACUUUAAUUCACAAUAAUGGUAUAAUGAAAAAACUUCACAUAUAUUUAGACAAAUAUCUGUGUUAUCAGUAAAAGUUUUUUAGUUUAAAAUGGAUCAAGUGGCACUUCCAUCAUAUAUACUUAAUAGUACAGUAUAAAGAAAAAACUAUGGAAUUUCAGAAAACGGUUUAUGGUAGUGAAUCUCUCGUUACAGUGCAGUAACCAUUUUUGCAAGUCUUUGGUUCCAUUGUAUUUGAAAGUUUUUACUCUACCACCACAUUUAUAAUUUGAGAUAAGUGAUAUAUUAUACAAUAUCAGUAUCUUAACGACUUCUUGGAGAUUUAAAAAAAUAAACAGUACUUUAGAUUGAGUAAAGUUAAAACUUACAUAUACAACACAUACUGGAGAUAAUCUUGUAGAUAACUAGAUUAUAAGGAGAGGGCAUCUUUCUUUAUAAUUAUUUUUUAUUAUAAAAUAUUAUGGUUAGAUAACUGUGAAGUAAGUUUUUGUUUGCAGAUCUGUGUUACUUUAUUUGAUAUUUUUAAUAAUAAUAUUUUUAUAACCCCUCAGGGUUUUCUUCUAAUUUUUUACUAGUUCUUGUUCUUGUUGUUUAUUUCCUCUUAUCUCCAUGGAGGAAGUGGAACAGAAUUCUUCCUCCAUAAGCCAUGCAUAUCAUAAGAGGCAAAUAAAAUGCUGGGAGCAAGGGUCUACUAACCCCUUCUCCUGUAUACAUUAUGCAGUUUAACCCCUAAACGGUCCAAACAUAUGUAUACAUUAGUACCGCUAGAGUCCCAAACGUAGAUCAGAUUAUUUUUCCUGCCUCUAAAUUUGGCACGAUUGGCCUGAGAUGCCUGGUCAGCAUAGAAUGGGUGUUAACAGUGUUAAAAAAAUCUGGGACCACUUAGUACCUUGUGGGAGCACCAGUUCAAUUGAGCGCCAGCUAGAGCAAACAGCGCGACAAACACUUGGGAUUCACUGAUGUCAUGUAGUAUUAACACUCCCAUUUUAAUAGGAAAGUGAUGUUGACCCUGAGUUUAGUGACUUUGAGGUGGAAUGUGGACAUAAGUGGUCGAGGAAAUGUGAAAAACCUUGAUAAUAACCCAUGUGCAACAUUUUGUGCACCACCCUUUCGGAAUGUCUUAUAACCUAAAUGAAGAAAAACAAUUCUGGAACAUGUAAUACGUGUUCAGGUGGCUGGCUGGCUGUCUGUCUGUCUGUCUCUGUCUCACAGGUACACAUAAAUACAAUUAUACAAAGUGCAAAUUACCUUGGAUAACCAAAAAAAAUCCAGACAAAGUGGUAUACUGUGCUUGUAGAUAUAAUGCAUAUGCUUGACUGGCAAAUACGUAUUUACACUUGCUUAGGAUCAAGACGUGAUGACGCAGUCGUGUGUAAUACCUGUUGGUUCACGAGUGACUCUCUCUGAGACAGAAAGGGAGACAAGCAGACAGAAAGAUAAGCAGAGACAGAGAUAAAUGGAGAGCUAGAUAGACAGAUAGAGAGCUAGACAGAGUUUGACAGAUAGACACAGACAUGUUUAUGUGUAACAGUGAAAACAAAUAAAGCCAGGGCCGUGGACGCUGAUCAAAUGUCACCACUGCACUGUCAGCAGUGGACUGACACUUGUCUUACAUCAUGCUUCAAGGGAAAUUGUUUUUAUUAUUAUUAUUCUUUCUUUCAACACACUGGCCAUAUCCCACCGAGGCGGGGUGGCCCAAAAGGAAAAACGAAAGUUUCUCCUUUUACAUUUAGUAAUGUAUACAGGAGAAGGGGUUACUAGCCCCUUGCUCCUGGCAUUUUAGUCGCCUCUUACAACACGCAUGGGUUACGGAGGAAGAAUUCUGUUCCACUUCCCCAGGGAGGUAAGAGGAAAUAAACAAGAACAAGAACUAGUAAGAAAAUAGAAGAAAACCCAGAGGGGUGUGUACAUACUAUAUGCUUGUACAUGUAUGUGUAGUGUGACCUAAGUGUAAGUAGAAAUAGCAAGACGUACCUGAAACCUUGCAUGUUCAUGAGACAGAAAAAAAGACACCAGCAAUCCUACCAUCGUGUAAAACAAUUACAGGCUUCUGUUUUACACUCACGUGGCAGGACGGUAGUACCUCCCUGGGCGGUUGCUGUCUACCAGCCUACUACCUAGAACAAUUAUUAUUAUUAUUAUUAUUAUUAUUAUAUACUCCCGCAUAUCCAAAACAUUGCUGGGAUCUAAAAAUACUUUACAUAAUCCUAGACAAAUGUAGGUAGUAGGUUGCUAGACAGCAACCACCCAGGGGGGUACUACUGUCCUGCCAACUGAGUGUGAAACGAAAGCCUGUAAUUGUUUUACAUGAUGGUAGGAUUGCUGGUGUCUCUUGUCUGUCUGAUAAAUAUGCAAGAUUACAGGUACGUCUUGCUACUUCUACUUACACUUAGGUCACACUACACAUACAUGUACAUGUUUAUUUAUACACACUCAUCUGAGUUUUCUUGGAUUUUAUCUUAAUAGUUCUUGGUCUUAUUACUUUUCCUUUUAUAUCCAUGGUCAAGUGGAAUAAGAAUCUUUCCUCCGUAAGCCAUGCACGUUGUAAAAGUCAACUAAAAUGCCGGGAACAAUGGGCUAGUAACCCCUUUUCCUGUAAUAAUUACUAAAAAGAAUAAGAAGAAAUUUUUAAUAAUGAUAAACGUUUAUAGAGGGGCAAUUGUUAUAUCGGAUCAUUAUUUAGUUGUAGCUACAGUUAGAGUAAGAGGUAGAUGGGAAAAGAGGAAAAUGGCAACAACAAGCAAGAGGGAGGUGAAAGUGUAUAAACUAAGGGAGGCAGAAGUUCAGGUGAGAUAUAAGCAACUAUUGGCAGAAAGGUGGGCUGGUGCAAGUAUGAGUAGUGGGGGGGGGGGGAUUGAAGAGGGUUGGAAUAGUUUUAAAAAUGCAGAAUUAGAAUGUGGGGCAGAAGUUUGUGGUUAUAGGAGGGUGGGUGCAGGAGGAAAGAGGAGUAAUUGGUGGAAUGAUGAAGUAAAGGGUAUGAUAAAAGAGAAAAAGGUAGCUUAUGAGAGGUUUUUACAAAGCAGAAGUGUUAUAAGAAGAGUAGAGUAUAGGGAGAGUAAAAGAAAGGUGAAGAGAGUGGUGAGAGAAUUCAAAAGGAGAGCAGAUGAUAGAGUGGGAGAGGCACUGUCAAGAAAUUUUAAUGAAAAUAAUAAAAAUUUUUGGAGUGAGUUAAACAAGUUAAGAAAGCCUAGAGAACAAAUGGAUUUGUCAGUUAAAAACAGAGUAGAGGAGUUAGUAGAUGAGGAGAUAGAGGUUUUGGGUAGAUGGCAAGAAUAUUUUGAGGAACUUUUAAAUGUCGACGAAGAAAGGGAAGCGGUAAUUUCAUGAACUGGCCAAGGAGGUAUACCAUCUUUUAGGAGUGAAGAAGAACAGUAUGUGAGCGUGUGGGGAGGUGCGCAGGGCAUUACGUAGAAUGAAAGGGGGUAAAGCAGCUGGAACUGAUGGGACCAUGACAGAAAUGUUAAAAGCACGGGGGGAUAUAAUGUUGGAGUGGUUGGUAUUUUUGUUUAAUAAAUGUAUGAAAGAGGGGAAGGUACCAGGUGCGUCUUGCUACUUCUACUUACACUUAGGUCACACUACACCUACAUGUACAAACAUAUAUAUACACACCCCUUUGGGUUUUUUCUAUUUUCUUUCUAGUUCUUGUUCUUGUUUAUUUCCUCUUACCUCCAUGGGGAAGUGGAACAGAAUUCUUCCUCCGUAAGCCAUGCGUGUUGUAAGAAGCGACUAAGAUGCCGGGAGCAAGGGGCUAGUAACCACUACUCCUGUAUAUAUUACUAAAUGUAAAAGGAGAAACUUCCGUUUUUCCUUUUGGGCCACCCCGCCUUGGUGGGAUACAGCCAGUGUGUUGAAAGAAAGAAAAGAACGAAAUGUAUGAAAGAGGGGAAGGUACCUAGGGAUUGGCAGAGAGCAUGUAUAGUCCCUUUAUAUAAAGGGAAGGGGGACAAAUGAGAUUGUAAAAAAUAUAGAGGAAUAAAUUUACUGAGUAUACCAGGAAAAGACUUCGGUAGGGUUAUAAUUGAAAGAAUUAGAGGUAAGACAGAAUGUAGGAUUGCGGAUGAGCAAGGAGGUUUCAGAAUGGGUAGGGGAAGUGUAGAUCAAGUGUUUACAUUGAAGUAUAUAUGUGAACAGUAUGAGGAUAGUGAGGCUCAGGUUAGGGUGUGUAGAAGAGAGGGAGACUACUUCCCAGUAAAAGUAGGUCUUAGACAGGGAUGUGUGAUGUCACCAUGGUUGUUUAAUAUAUUUAUAGAUAGGGUUGUAAAAGAAGUAAAUGUUAGUGUUCAGGAGAGGGGUGGGAUUAAAUUAUGGGGAAUUAAAUACAAAAUGGGAAUUGACACAGUUGCUUUUUGCUGAUGAUACUGUGCUUAUGGGAGAUUCUAAAGAAAAAUUGCAAAGGUUAGUGGAUAAGUUUGGGAGUAUGUGUAAAGGUAGAAAGUUGAAAGUGAACAUAGAAAAGAGUAAGGUGAUGAGGGUAUCAAAUGAUUUAGAUAAAGAAAAAUUGGAUAUCAAAUUGGGGAGGAGUAUGGAAGAAGUGAAUGUUUUCAGAUACUUGGGAGUUGACGUGACGGCGGAUGGAUUUGUGAAGGAUGAGGUUAAUCAUAGAAUUGAUGACGGAAAAAAGGUGAGUGGUGCGUUGAGGUAUAUGUGGAGAUAAAAAAAAACACGUUAUCUAUGGAGGCAACGAAGGGAAUGUAUGGAAGUAUAGUAGUACCAACACUCUUAUAUGGGUGUGAAGCUUGGGUUGUGAAUGCAGCAGCGAGGAGGCGGGUGGAGGCAGUGGAGAUGUCCUGUCUAAGGGCAAUGUGUGGUGUAAAUAUUAUGCAGAAAAUUCGGAGUGUGGAAAUUAGGAGAAGGUGUGGAGUUAAUAAAAGUAUUAGUCAGAGGGCUGAAGAGGGGUUGUUGAGGUGGUUUGGUCAUUUAGAGAGAAUGGAUCAAAGUAGAAUGACAUGGAGAGUGUAUAAAUCUGUAGGGAAAUUAAGGCAGGGUAGGGGUCGUCCUCGAAAAGGUUGGAAGGAAGGGGUAAGGGAGGUUUUGUGGGCGAGGGGCUUGGCCUUCCAGCAGGCGUGCGUGAGCGUGUUCGAUAGGAAUGAAUGGAGACGAAUGGUAUUUGGGAUCUGACGAUCUGUUGGAGCGUGAGCAGGGUAAUAUUUAGUGAAGGGAUUCAGAGAAACCGGUUAUUUUUAUAUAGCCGGACUUGAGUCCUGGAAAUGGGAAGUACAGUGCCUGCACUCUAAAGGAGGAGUUUGGGAUAUUAGCAGUUUGGAGGGAUAUGUUGUGUAUCUUUAUACAUAUAUGCUUCUAAACUGUUGUGUUCUGAACACCUCUGCAAAAACAGUGAUUAUGUGUGAGUGAGGUGAAAGUGUUGAAUGAUGAUGAAAGUAUUUUCUUUUUGGGUCACCCUGCCUCGGUGGGAGACGGCCGACUUGUUAAAAAAAAAAAACACUUAGAAAAUGCACCCUUUAUUUCUAUAAAAAAAACUUUUUUUUUUUUCAAAAAUAUUUGGGUUGCUGGGCAAGAGAUUAUAUAUAGACAUUUGGACAAUUUAGGGGUUAAAAAGAAAAGAAACUUUCGUUUUUUUUUUUUUUUAGGUCACCCUGUCAUGGUGGGAUAUGGCCAGUUUGUUAAAAAAAUUUCUAUGAUAAAACAUGCUUCAUU